AUGAUUCGUUCAAGCAUUAUUGCUAUGUUAUCGAUUUGUGUCGCUUGUUCGUUUUGUGGACAAGACUUCGUCUCGCUUGGUCGCCAUUCGUGGCGAUGUAAACAACGGAUUAAUCACGCUGAGCAAGACCGCCCUAAUAUUACAUCGAGAGAUGUGCCUGUUAUGCAGUCACCUAAUGUUCCUGUACCAAGCCGCACUGUUGUUAAGUGUUGUUGUGGCAAGAUAUGCAGAGGUGCGCGUGGCCUUAAAAUGCAUCAGCGUAGUUGUCAAGUGAUACAUGGCCUUAACGACGAGCUGUUUGCUGAUCUUGAAGAGCAAAUAACGACGGAUAACACUGCAGAUACCACCGAAAAUGACAAUUCUAUUAACGACAUUGAUAUGACUAAUGACGAAAGUUUUCCCGAACUGAAACAAGGCAUAAAUUUACCGAAAAAUGACUCUGGGUGGCAAACGGCUAAUGAUUAUUUUAAAUGUGCGCUCCAGUUAGAUGAUCCAAUCAGAAUGCGAGACGUGAACUCAAAGAUCGAGCUUUUGAACGACGUUAUAUAUAACUACUUUGCUGAUAACUUUGGACAUAACGUAACGGUACCUGACAAAAACAUGGUUACUAAAUAUAAAGAAUAUACUGUAAAGGAGUUAAAGAAAGCUUUGCAAAAUUUAAAAUCCAACAAAGGUGACCUUAGCGAAAUUAAAUACGUCUCCCGCACAUUGCAUGAUAAGCUUCGUAAUAAUAACAAGGAUGGGCUAACCUCUGAUAGCAAUGAGUCAUUCAAUCAUGACAAUUAUAUCGGACGGAACUUUUGGGGUUAUAUUAAAAACGUUAUCAAUAAGAAGGACUCAAUAUUACCAUCAUUUAACGUGACAGAUUGCUUUACUUAUUUUUGUAAAUCUCUGGCUAAAAUUAAUCCCAAUAGACUGUUUAACAUUCCCAGCUGGAUACCAAAGUUAUCUGAUCCCGAAGUUCAAUUCAACCUUGACCCCCCGACUUAUCAACAAAUUACUAAUGUGAUACGUAAAAUGAAAUCGUCUGGCUCUCCUUGCCCCCUUGAUCAGCUUUCGAUAAUAUGUUUUAAGCGAUGUCCUUAUCUGAGAACUUACCUCAGUGAACUAAUUCAUGAAGUUUGGCUGUCUGGAACUGUCCCGAAUGAGUGGAAAAAAGCCUGUACUAUAUUAAUACAUAAGAAAGGUAACACUGAUGACCCGUCAAAUUUCCGUCCCAUAACACUUGAGUCUAUACCAUUAAAAGUAUUUACAUCUUGUCUUCGAAACGCAAUAUAUUCCUUCCUCGCAUCCAAUAACUUUAUCGAACACGGCAUACAAAAGGGCUUCACCCCUAACCUAUCUGGCACUCUAGAACACACUGCGCAAAUGGCUGGCAUUAUCAACAAAGCCCGGAUCAGACAACGUGCUGUUGUCAUCACCUUACUUGAUCUGAAGAAUGCUUUCGGCGAAGUCCAUCAUAAUCUCAUCCAAUCAGUACUUGACUACCACCACAUCCCAGAACACAUUAAAUUCGUUAUAAAAAGUUUAUACACUGAGUUCCAAACCUCAAUAAUUACCUCGGAAUUCCGCACCGCACUUUUAUAUCUGUUGGCCGUGGCGUAUUGCAAGGAGAUUGCCUCAGUCCUCUUCUUUUCAAUAUGUGCUUCAAUACUUUUAUCCAACAUAUCAAAGCUGAAAAGUACCGUCAGUUUGGCUUCUCCUUCAAGCUAUUAA